CUGUUUAAAAAAAAACCCAACUUUGAAUCAGUACCGUGGAAUCACGAGUCAUGCAAUUUCUACAGAACUCUCGUAGAAUCGCUAAGGUCUUAAAACCCAUUGUUAUCACCGAGACUAAUCUGAGAUUCUUCUCCUCUGCUUCUCAAAUCUCAAGUCCCUUCCAAUGGCGGUAUCAAUCGUCUGCGUCUUCCUCUGUAUCAAAAGGGAUUGAUAGAUGUAGUCACUCGUCUUCUAUGAGCUUAUUGAUCCCCAGAUCGAGCUUUUCUUCUGAAGCGGAAAAGCUUGCGGGAAAUCCUACAGUGACUGUCAAGGAUUUGCAUGAUAAAAUGCUUAAUUCUGUAAAUGUCAAGAGAUCAAUGCCUCCAAAUGCGUGGUUGUGGUCGUUGAUUGAGAACUGUCAGAAUCACGAUGACAUUCAUCUUCUCUUUGACGUUCUUCAGAAUCUACGGAGAUUUAGAUUAUCUAAUCUUCGUAUUCAUGACAACUUCAAUUGCAAUUUAUGCCAACAAGUUGCUAAGACUUGUGUACGUGUUGGGGCAAUUGACUCUGGAAAGAAGGCUUUGUGGAAACAUAAUGUUCAUGGUUUGACACCCAGUGUUUCAUCUGCACACCAUCUAUUGUCGCAUGCACUAGAGCACAAGAAUUCUGAACUCAUGGAAGAAGUAAUGCAACUCCUGAAAACGAAUGAUCUACCUCUACAACCCGGUACAGCAGAUUUAGUUUUCAGGAUCUGUCAUGAUACAGAUAAGUGGGAUCUACUAGCCAAGUACUCGAAAAAAUUCUCCAAAGCUGGAGUUAAGUUGAGGAAGACCACAUUCGAUGUGUGGAUGGAAUUUGCUGCCAAGAGAGGGGAUACAGAGUCGUUAUGGAAAGUAGAUAAACAGAGAUCAGAGACAUACAGUCAACACACUCUUUCUACUGCCUUUUCUUGUGCAAAGGGUUUUCUACUAGAAAGUAAACCUGAAGAAGCUGCUGCCGUCAUCCAGAUUAUCUGCCAAGCAUAUCCUGAUGAGAAAAAGUCAGCGGUUUCGACUGAAUUCGAGAAACUAGUAAAUGACUGGCCUGUGGACGUUAUCAAGCACCAAACCGGAGAAGAUAAGAAGGCUCUAGCUGCUUCAUUGAAAUCUGUGAUUCCUUCCAUGGUUAAUGCAUUGCUAAGCUCGGGUUUGAACGUGAACGUGGAUUUAGAUGAGUUAAACAAGAACGAAGCUCUUCUCAGCUGAAUGAUUCACAGGUUUGAAAGUUAAGCCUUUCGUACCGAAUUUGAUGUGAUCUUUUCCUUUUAAAGGUGGCAACAACGUAGAGAAGAGGGAACGAACACAUUCAGUUUCUUGCAUCCUACGAUAACUCAUUUUCUCGUUUUGACCUAUAUGAACAAAAGGACAAGAGUUGUCUUGUUUUGUAAGCCUCAAAUAAUUUCACUCUGUGGAACUUUUGUUGUUCAUUGGAUUAGUAGAAACCAUUUCCUGUAUAAAACAGUAAUAAUUGA